UGGCUUAAUGUGACUGUUCACUAUUUCCUUUGCAGGCUGAGGCUAUCCAAGGGGAAAUGGAGCUCAGCAAACCAGCCAUCACCAUCUUGUCACUUCACGCCACACAGAAUGACCUCUCACCCUUCCACCAAGAUCUGGCGAAGUGGUUGGCCUAUAGCAAACUGUACCGCCAUGCGGAAGUCAGCUUCAUCUCCCUGCUCCAACAUCUCACCAGCAUUGAGUACCAAUGGGGACUGGCACAGGUCACACUGCAGCAAGAGGCCCAAGAUGAGCUAGCUGAGUCUUUCAAAUCAUUCCUGGAUUAUGGAAUUUCUCUUAUCCAGAAAUACAGGGACGUCUUUCCAAUAUUCGACAACAAGUCUACGGAAUGCCAGCAAUCUCUGCUCAGGGUGCUGGUACAGAUCUGUAAGAUGAAGGCUUUCCUGAAACUCUGCCCUUCAGUUCCAGAUCUCCAUGACAGAGUUGUGGAAGCGAUUAAGUGUGGCACCAGAGACUGGUAUCAAGCCCACAAACAGCUAUUGGAGCCCAUGAUAAAG